AUGUUGCGGCCGGAAUCGCCGCUCGCUGACCAUCGCAGCCUGCUGCCGCGCCGACUGCUCCCGGUCAAGGCUCAAAUAGCACCCGCAGACAAGAAGAAGAACCGAAGAUCUCUCGAACUCAACCCCCCAUCCGAGCACGCGACCUACGACUAUCCCAAACUCCUAAUAUCCAAAACAACCGAUUCCCUCAAUACAGAAUGCCCCCGUAAGCACUUGAACAAACAAGACUCCACCGACAGUUUGAAGAGAUCGCUUCUCUCCAAAGAUGACAAAAAGAAAGAUGACAAGAGGAUCACGAAGCAGGACUCCAGUGAAAGUCUUAAAAAGGCACUGCUGUGCAAGCAAGACUCAAACGAUAGUCAAAAGCGGGUGGAAGUAGAUGUGAAAUGGCCUCAGAAAGAGGAAAAGAGGGAGGUGAAGAGGGGUAGUGAUAAGAAGGGAUUACUGGAGACUGAUAUAGAUGAUACUUACAAGAGGAUUUACGAGAGGCGGGCUGGUUGUACGAGGCCGAGCCUGCCGCCCGUUGAUGAGAAGGGACUGACUCCUAAAUCUCCCAGCGGGACUCCCAUCACGCCUGGCGUGGCGGCUGUGGCUGAGGGCGUUGUUCGGUGGGGCAGUGGACUGCUAUCGCCGAAAGAGGAACCACGGUUACGGCCAGCUAAAAGCUGGUACGGCUAUGGGACACUACCUUCAGAUAGCAACGAAAAGAUGGGAGCAGGCGCGAAUGGUCCGGGGGGUCGUCGCGCCCUGGAGCUGAUCUUGAGCGGUGGUCUCAAGUCGUUGGCUCGACCUCACAGGCCGGUCCGGCGGGCCGCCUCCAGGGACUCUGUGCUGUCACAACCGCAGCCCUUGCUCGAAGGUCUGAGGAAAUGUUCAACAGUCCUCGCACUGACGGACCGAGAGAAGGCACCGGAGCCCAUAAGAGCGCACAAUAGACUUCGUGCACCUUCCGUUUGCUCCCGUUGUUCCUCGCUCUUGUCACUCGCUGGAGCUGGCGGGUCCAGAUAUUCCCUGGAUGGCGCUGGUGGCGGCUUCAUCCCAGCGGCACCUAUCAACUGUAAGCUCUGCUUGGAGGACGCGACGCCAGAUAAAGUCACAGUCAUCUCCGGUUGCGGCUGCGCUUUCUGCACAAAGUGUAUGAAGUCGUACGUGGAAUUUGAGAUCUGCAAUGGAGCGUACGAGGUUUCGUGUCCAGACGCGCGAUGCAGUACGAGCGGGGCGCUGUCCCUAGACGAGAUAUCGAAAUUGGUGUCCAGUUCUACGCUGGAUAAGCAUAUAAAAUUCAGGAUAAAUCAUGAAGUGGCAAUGGACGCCAUGAGAGCCUUUUGCCCCCGACCUGGAUGCGAUACAAUUGUUCAAGUCCGGGCGACCAGCCCGGCCCAUUGUCCCAAGUGCAAACACGACUUCUGCUCUCAAUGCAAUCAGGAGUGGCAUGGCGGCAUAUCCUGCGAAGCGGCAGCCGCGUCUUCAUCUAUGGGCGGCGCGGGCGCACCUCUCCUAGCCGAUUCCGAACUAAUCAAGCUCUGUCCAAUGUGCCGCGUGCCCAUUGAGAAGGAUGAAGGCUGUGCUCAGAUGAUGUGCAAGCGGUGCAAACACGUGUUCUGCUGGUACUGUCUGGCGUCGUUAGACGACGACUUUCUACUUCGUCACUACGAUAAAGGGCCUUGUAAGAACAAGCUGGGACACUCUCGGGCUUCUGUCUUGUGGCACCGUGCUCAGGUAGUCGGAAUAUUUGCCGGCUUCGGCUUGUUGCUGUUAGUUGCAAGUCCGCUGCUGUUGCUAGCAGCGCCAUGCAUCGUUUGCUGCAAAUGCAGAUUAUGUAACCCAAAUACAAAGAACUUGGAGGAAGUCGAUGAAAUAGAAAGCAUAAGUCCAGGUCGGGAAGACGACGUAUCAGGGACGCGGUAUCUCACCGACUGA